GAAGAUAUGAAAUUGCAAGAGAGAGAGGAUAAAGCAGAUAUGACUUCUUUCAACCUCCUUGCCAUCAUCUAUAAUACGCAAUAUGGACUCUUAUCUAUGGAAGGAAGUACAGCCAAAUGUUUUUCAAAGGCCUUGCACAGGUCAAGAGCAUUCUGCAAGCUUUAAUCAAAAUAUAGCUGAUGGUCAUACAGAACUUUCCCUUGCGAUGAAAUUUGAUGUGAAUAUCGAUAAUGAAGAGGAAUUGAACGAAAGGAUACGCUUAGCAUGGAAAGCAUCACGUGUACGACAUCCAGAGAUCGCAUUAGAGCUAUCGACUGAUAUGAGUACACCUCAAAUGAUGAUUUAUAGACUUUUGGAAGAUGAGGAACAGAUAAAUAAAUGGAUGAAGGAUACUCUGGUGAUCUGCGACAAAAUAGAAGAUUGCGAUAAAGUGACUGCAGUGACGUACAAUCGUCGUCUGCCGACACCGGGCAAACAAUCUAUGCUUUAUUUCAUUCCCGCAAACAAACAACGUGAUCCACAAUCAAAGCAUUGUAUCGUUUGGAACGUUUCACACGCAAUCACAGACGCUUUCAGUAUCAUUGCAUUCAUGAACGACCUAGUGGAAGAAGUUGUGCUUGCUAAGCCAGGAUCGCAGCAUCGAUUCAAUGAUAAGCCACGGUAUGCACUUCAAAGAUUACCCGCAAGUCUUGUUGGAACGUAUUUGACUAAAUUUCAGCCUUCAAAAGAGGAUGAAGAAGAAAGCAUAAGCUCAGCACGAGAGCAAGUGGCAUUAUACGAGAAAAAGCUGCCUUUUUCUGUUGCAAUGAAGCCAAGAAGUGACCAUGCAUCAAACACCCACUCAACUCAUUGUCUAUUUGACAAAUUCAGUAAGGCAGAAUCAAGAAGGAUUAUUGCAAAUCUCAAAAUGCAAAAGAUGAGCGUUACAUUUGCAGCAGCUGCAGCCACGAUUCUAGCAGUGACUGAUUUAUACGGGACCGGUAAGGAACAAGGUGCAUUAUUAGGAAUGACAAGAAAUGCACGUAGAUGGUUAAACACACAAGGUGCUGAUGGAGGUGCAGCGAUUCCAAUGGCGACUGAUGUGGUGUUUCUUUGGAUUCCUUUCGAUGACAAUGUUCGAAGCGGAUCAAAUGUGAGCCGUGUGUUGUCACUUGCUAGACGUAUUCGUCAAGAACUUGCACCUCAUUUACGUGGUCCACACUAUAUGGCAUCUAUGCAACUGAUGUGCAACGAGUAUGUUGAUACUCUACGUAAAUCACUACCUGUCUCAAAGCAAGAUGAAUCAUUGGUCAAAGAAAACGACGUUCCUGCAUCACCUCCUGGUUUCUCACCUCAAGGCGUGCUAGAGUUGAACAAGACGUGGGAGAAUGACGGGAUAAAGGUCAUUCGAAGUGAGUUCCAUCAUACAGGAAGACAAGUGAACGCAUCACCUUGGAUUGGGAUGUUCUCGUUGGACGAACAAUUGAAUAUCUCAAUCGGUUUUGACGAGAAAUAUUAUGAGCCACACAUCAUUGCAGACUUUUUUGCCAGAUACAAGGCAAAACUGCUCGAUCUUGCAGAGCUCAAAGACGCAGACCAGCCCCAAUCAAGACUAUGAGUAAAUCAAUCAAUAAUGUAUGGCAUUGUG